UAAUGCAGUUUAAGUAGUUGAACGGGAGAGAGAGAGAACGAGAUCGAGCGUGAGAGAGCUCCAGAGAUACAUACACACACACACACACACACACACACAAUACACACACGCGCGCUGUCCUGGUACAUGCUCUGCUCAAUGGCAAACUCCGGCUGCAUCCUGCUGUCCAACUCCGCUAUGCUCCCUCAUACCAUCCCCUGCACUCCAGCCUUUCUCUUUCUUCAGGAGUACUUCUCUUUUGGAAAGUCCAAAUUGAUCAGUACAAAGUGGGAGAUGAGCUUUCUACAAGCCAGAUGGGAAUUGUUCGUGAUACGCCCUCCAGCAACGGGUAACCAAGAAGCCACAGCACCCCCGGAAGCGAUGGCACAGCCCUACCCCCCAGCCCAGUACCCCACACCACAGAACGGAAUCCCCGCUGAAUAUGCUCCAGCACACCCACACCCUACUCAGGACUAUGCCGGACAGACCACGGUACCAGAGCACGCCAUGACGAUUUACACGCCCACGCAGACGCAUUCCGACCAGCCAUGCACUGAUGCAAACACACAGUCCUUAACGGGCACAUCCACAGUACCGCAGACAGAUGAAGCCGCACAGACAGAUUCGUCACAGCAGCUACAGUCAUCAGAGACCACAGAGAAGCAGCAGCCCAAAAGGUUACAUGUCUCUAACAUUCCCUUCCGAUUCAGAGACCCUGACCUGCGACAAAUGUUUGGGCAAUUUGGUAAAAUUUUAGACGUUGAAAUAAUUUUUAAUGAGCGGGGAUCUAAGGGAUUUGGUUUCGUAACUUUCGAAACCAGUGCUGACGCGGACAGGGCACGGGAGAAAUUAAAUGGAACAAUCGUAGAAGGCCGUAAAAUAGAGGUAAACAAUGCAACAGCAAGAGUAAUGACGAACAAAAAGACCCCCAAUCAAUAUACAAAUGGCUGGAAAUUAAAUCCAGUCGUCGGAGCUGUCUACGGCCCAGAGUUUUAUGCAGUGACUGGUUUUCCAUACCCAGCAGCUGGAGCAGCUGUAGCUUACAGAGGAGCUCAUUUACGGGGGCGAGGUCGCGCUGUUUACAACACCUUCCGCGCUGCACCCCCACCUCCACCUAUCCCCACGUAUGGAGCAGUUGUGUACCAGGAUGGGUUUUAUGGGGCAGAAAUUUACGGAGGCUACGCAGCAUACAGAUAUGCCCAGCCUGCUGCAGCCGCAGCCGCAGCGUACAGUGACAGUUAUGGCAGAGUCUAUGCAGCAGCCGACCCAUACCACCACACAAUUGCACCAGCUGCAACGUACAGUGUUGGCACCAUGAGAUAUACACAGGAAAACACUGGGAGAAACUACAUCCCCUCACUGACGCCCAAUGUGUGUUUUGUUUAUACCAACCAGAGAGAGUGGGACGGUUCAUCUCAGAGAUAUCUCCAGGAAUGCCGUCAAUGCCAGUCCUUGGUUGGCUUACCAGGCUAGCCUGUACAGAGGAGGGUACAGUCGCUUCACCCCGUACUAGCAAGAGAAACUCAGAGACACACUAAAACCCAGCAGGGCUAGAAACGUCUUCUCAGAAACUGUGGGGGGUUCGGCACGACAUGCAGAAAUGUUUUGUGCUGAUGCUCUCUUGGUUAACAUGAUAUUUUUACCUCAGAUGGUUUUUUUUGUGUUUAUUACAUGUUUUAUCUGUGGUUACUGCAAAUUUUUCUUGAGUUUUGCUCAGUAUAAUAUACUUUGAAGAAAAUUUCUGAUGUGUAAACUUAAAACAACAGAAAAAAAGACUUGACAGCUACAUUGUUUUCUUUUGAAAUUGGCAACUAUGCCAAUUUCACAGAUUUGCACCAACCAGAAAGCUCUCUGGAUCUAGGCCAAAAUAUUUUUUUUCCUUUUUUUUUAAGUGACUCUGUCAGAUUUGCAGGAUGGUUGAUUUUAAAUUAAGUUAAAUGAACACGAGUUUGUAUGAAAUGAGCCACACAGCUUUAAGGUGAUAGUCAGAAAGAUAAAAGCUGCACAACAUUUAAUCUCUCCUCAUCUAAUCCCACCCCAGAUUAUUAUGUGAUCAGCACCUAACAGCAAGCCAGUGCAACAAAACUGACAAAACUCAUCACUUGUGGCUGGUGGAUUGAAGUGUCAACCAGAGCAAUGAUUGAAACAUGCCCCUCAUAACCAUAAUUGUGUGAAGUGAGCCUUUUUAAAGCCUUCCAUUGUAUUCAUUUUUGAGUCUCAUUUGAUUGAUAGAGAAAGGAAACAGUUUAUUCUUGUAGACAGCUUCAGUCUAACAUCUUUAACUACAGCUACAAUGCAAGGAUGGAUUCUCAUUAUAAAUCAAAAGAUAAAAUUCUGUAACCUCCUCCACCAAAAGAAAACCUCCAAUUGACAUUGUGAAAUUGCAUUUAAUCCUCUUCUGUGGAGGCAUUGUGUAAACAUUUCUCACUGUGGCUUACAGUUUGGAGGGGAAACCCACUCAGUGAAUAGUGUUGGCUUUCUGUGUUGCAGCAAUGUUCCACUUGAAGUCAAAUGGCAACACUCUGUUACCAAGGGCAGUCGUGCCACAGGGAACAGAUAAAAGUCAACUUUAGAGGCACGUCACUGACAUAAUCAUUUCAGAAAAGAUUUUCACAGGGCUUAAAGGGUAUUUUGAAAGAUGUAGCCUGAUAAGGGAAGUAACAUUGCUCUCCUGCCCAGCUUUGCCACUUUUUCUGCAUCCCAUUCCUCUUUUCCUCACUGCUUUAAGAUUGAACCAAGCCUCAUUUACUUCAAUGCACCAUAUAUGUCUCCUGAGCUGUCACCUCAUUAAUUGUCAUCACAUUUCCUCAGAUCAUUCUGGAGUUGCUAAUGGCAAAAUUUAAUAAAAUAAGCCGACCCCAGCAAUUGAAGUUGGUUCAGUUGCUGGUUAAAAGCUUUCAAAAACAGCUCAAAAGAAAUGUAAUUUUUUUAACUUUAAUAUUUCAGUAAGUUAACUAUUUUAAAGGCAUUCAAAUUGUACAUAAAAGCUUCCAAUAUGCUAACAUAAUAAUACAGUAAAAUAUAUAAUACAAUUCUUUACAUUAGGUAAUUAUAUGAUUCUCUCAGCUGAGCUAACACACGGGGAUUUAUUAGACAUGAAUUUUAAAGAUCAGAAGUUUUGGACCCUUUCUCACAGCAAGCAAUUAUGCAAAUAUUAAUGCCUAACUUAUAAAAAUUCAAUGCAACUGCAAUUUACUAAAUGGAAGGCAUUUGCCUGAUAAGCACUUUAUCACCUUAAGUCGAGACUUCAAACAUUUGUAAUGGGCAUGUUUACUAAAGAGAACUGGAUAAAACACUUGGAAAAGAAAUUAGCUGCAUAUUGUUUCUUUUAAUGCAAUUAAUAUUAUGACCACAACUAUUAUGAUAAAAAAUCAUAUUUCAAAUAGGAGGAAGGCUAAAAACAGGUCUUUCAUGUUUGGAAUUUUAUAUCCAUUAGUUUUAAGUAUUCUUUUUAUAUUACAAAAAUAGUUCUGCGAGGUCUCUCUGGAGUAGCAAACAUCCCAACCUUUUCCAGUACAAGUUUUUUAUAUAUUUUUAAUCAUUUAUUGUCUCCAAGGAGGGUUCCUAAAAUGUGAAUUGUGUAAAGAGAUUAGAUUAUUAAAUACGAAAUGAGAUUGUGACUGCGUGAAUGAACCAAAAAAUUGGAAUCACGUUUUAUUUUGUUUUGUGUAAUGUUAUCAAGAUCUGACAUCUCUGAGGAUUAACAGGAGCGGAGUCUGUUCUGAAUGCUGUGUAGGUUUUGUAGUCAGAUGAAGGCAGCAUAAUCAGAAUUAAGGGGCUGUUCUAAUAUAUGUUGUGUUUUCUUUGCUGCACAGAUUUUUUAAUUUGUGUGUAGUUUAUUUUUGGUUUUGAAUUUACUUUUUUUACUGCCAAAAUAUAUUCUGUUAAAAUAUAUUCCAAAAACCAUUGCAAUAUGGUGUAUUAUAGGUCAAUUUGACUCAAGUAUUUAAAACUGGGUAUUUAUUAUGAUUAGUAGCAUAUGAUUGUCUUCAUAUACGCAGAUUAAAAUAAGUAGGAACAGACUUAGAAAGAAAUGUAAUCAUCCUUUUAUACACUUUCAAUAUGUGCACAUAAGUAUUCCAUGGAUCAUUUUUUAUAAUAUAAAAAAAGAAAAAAUAGCUUUAAAAAGGCACUGUUUAUACUUUUUGGGGAAAAGAAAAUAGCUAUCAUCUUUAUAAAUGUUUACUUAUGAAAUAUUAUGUGAAUUGUGUGCUGUAGAAAAUAUGUGGUAGCUGUAAAUUCCACUUGAUAGCAUCAAAGUGUGCUUGUGGGGGUGGGGGGAAAUUAAAAUUGGGAAAACAAUCAACAGGACUUUUAAUUAUCUUUUAAAAUGAUCUCUGACAAAUUUACUCCACACUUAGGAUUAUCUCUUUCAUAUAUUCUUGACCAUAAUAUAAUUCUACUGCUGAAUUAUUUUGGCUUUUAAACCGAUACUUCCAGCUGUUAUUUCAAAAUCAUUCAUUCCGAGACUCAAUGGUCUUUGACAGCAGGUCAGCUGAUCUUUUCUGCUCUUGUCACACUUUUAGUUUUCAUUUUUUUACCGAACAUGUCAAUACCCACUUUUGAAAACAAUGUGUCCAAACCCAUGCGUUGCGUGAGCUUUUAUAUGCAUGGUUCUCAGAGUUAAAUCUUCUUUGUUGUCUUUAUACAUUAACUUCCCAUGUUUUGAUGUUUGCCAAUACUAUAAAACUGACAAUAUUGAAUUGGGUGCUUCUUAUGCCACUCACUCAGGAAAGAAGAAUUGGGUAGGGGUAGAAUAGGAAACCAAUCCAUUGCUUUACACUUUAGCUAGAAGUUCAAAGUAAUCCCAAUGUUAAGAAUACUUAUGCCCAGAUUUUUCCUCUUUUGUGCACACAACGAUGCAUUAUAAUUGUGACUGUCCC